GCGAGCAGGGCUGCGGUCCGGUGAGGUACCUCAGGUAACCGGGCGAGUCGUGCUGUGCGAGCACGCCAGUCAACAGCUGCGGAAACUCGACGCUGACACCGCAGGAAUUAACGCUAUAAAAAUGGCAAGAUUUGGGAGGAAAAAAAAAAGCACGUUUCAUUAUGGUUUUAAUUUAUUCACGUCUCUAAAGGGGCGUUGAGUGUGUCUGGAUAGAGCGCGUCCCACGCCCUUCCUGGCUGCGGUGUAAAUGCAGUGUCGGGUCGGACCGGUCCUGUUCGGUGCUCUGAGCAGGACGAGCCUGUCUCGCUCUUGUGAGGAACGGGGAGAGCUGCGGGCUGUGCUUAAUGUUCAUAACUCUUUAUUUUUUAUUAUUUUUUUGCGGGGGCUGUGCUUAGACCAGAGGACAGCAGGGGCCAGGGUGCCAGCCCCGUCACCGGCGCUCCCGUCGGUGGUUUAACAACACACUGGCCUCUCUGAGCUUUGGGUGUUGGGUGCUUUUAGAUUUCCUGAGCUGUUUAUUUCGGCUGCCGCAGACUAAUGACUUGUGUGCUGGAGUACAACUUUAUGUAUUCUUGGCGGAAACCGUCACUUUCACUCUGUGUUUCUGUCACAGUUGCUUGCUUUUCUCUAAAAUAAGUUGGGAAGAAUGUAACUUCAUGCCUGAAACUGGGCCACGAAGUAUCUUAGAAACUUAAGACUUAGUGUUCUAAUUGCACAUGUAAGCUUCUAGAAUUUAGAUAACUGAUGUGGGCUGAGCCUGGUUGUCAUGACUGACGUUGUGAAAUUUGAUAUUCGUGUUGUGUGGAACAAGAUAAAAAAGUGAAACCUUGUUGAUGGCCUGUGGAACCCUGUGGCCUCUGGUUCAGGCGUGUCAUCAAGUCAAAGCUGCAGGGAAAUCGACCUUUGUGGAUAUUCUCAAACAAGCGGGCGAGGAAUGGGAAGUUGUUCCGGAGCCGGUAGCUAGAUGGUGCAAUGUGCAGCAGAGCUCGGAGGAGGGUUGUGAGGAGUUGACCGCAUCACAGAAGAGCGGUGGAAACGUGCUGCGGAUGAUGUAUGAGAAGCCGGAGCGCUGGUCGUUCACUUUCCAGACGUACGCGUGCCUCAGCCGGAUCCGGGCGCAGCUCAGCUCGCUGGACGGCAAGCUCAGAGAGGCGGAGAAUCCUGCGGUCUUCUUCGAGCGGUCUGUCUACAGUGACAGGUAUAUUUUUGCAGCUAAUUUAUAUGAGUCUGAUUGCAUGAAUGAAACGGAAUGGACUAUUUACCAAGACUGGCACGACUGGAUGAACGAGCAGUUUGGUCAAAGUCUGGCGCUGGAUGGGAUCAUUUAUCUCAGAGCCACUCCUGAGAAAUGCUUAAAUAGGAUUUACUUGCGUGGAAGAGAUGAAGAACAGGAAAUUCCCAUUGAAUAUCUGGAGAAACUUCACUACAAACAUGAAAGUUGGCUUCAGCACAGGACACUGAGAACGGAUUUUGAAUAUCUCCAGGAAAUACCUAUUUUAACGUUAGAUGGUAAUGAAGACUUCAAAGGCAAAAAGGACAGAUACGAUCACAUGACUGAAAAGGUCAAAGAAUUUUUGAGCACCUUAUAAUCCUCUUUGAAGCGCAGGCUGAGCCCCACUGUUCCAAUCAUCUGUGCCGUCAAAGCCUGAAGUCCAGCCUCUGCUCUUGUAGGGCUCAGCCCUGGUUCAGGUGUGAGGGACAGUACUAAAUAAACCGCUAGGUCUGUUCAGUCUUACAUAAAGAACACACACCAAUUCAAAGGUUCCAGAAUUCCGAGAGUUCCCAAAUAUUGCGCCUGUUUCUAAUCAGACCAGUAAGUUCGUCUGGAGUACGUUAUUGUAAUUUUUAAAAUUUAUUUAGUGCCCAGUAGCUAUUUAAUUUCAAUCAGGUAGUGUUUUUUAGAUCUCUUCAGUGUUGUUAGUGGAAUUGAUACGUAAUAGAUGUCUCAUUGCUAUGAGGAAGAGAAAAGUAAGAACCAUUUUUGCUGGUGAGGAAGUUUUGAUAAAACCUGGAGUUUUAUAUUGGAAGCUAUUGAAAAAUGUCAUCUGACAAUUUCGAUGCUCUUGGCAGAAUACACUGAAUUGAAACAAACUCAAAUGUGGCUUAAAUUGUGUAGAUAUCCAAUUAGUUUUUCUAUCUGUUUUCAUAGCGCACUGCAAAUGAGGCUAUUAGAGGCUUUCCAUUCUCUAGCAUGGGGUUUGUGCGGGUUUGUUGUUGCCUUUUUUUUUAACCUCUUAAUAAACCAGAGCUGAUUGUGGCUGUCGACAGUUCCUCUUCUCCUGCGGAGGAGUGUUUGCUUGAUGGUUGCCAUAGAGGGAAGAGGAAGAUUUUGCAAAUGGCCUCCAUCUGUAAAUGACAUGUUUCCAAACGUUUCCUUAAUCGCGGUCUGGACGUCAGAGCUGGCUUCCUGCUUUUGUUCGCGUGUUCACGGGGCCUCCUGGGUGCUUACCGGGACCUGCAGGAUUUGAAGCAGGCUGUGCUUUCUCAUCCUCUGUGAGAACGGGAGACCUUGGCGCAGCAGCUGCUGUUCUGGUGCAUCUUGGUUGUUAACUGAGCCACUUGAGCUUCAGGUGCAGAAAAUAUAAACUACACAGGGUACACAUCUGAAUGUGUUUUAUGAACUGCUUUGUUCUGCUUCAAACGUUUCUGAAUGAUUGCACAGCUGGCUUUUGAAUGCAAAAAUGUUACUGUAAAGCGUUUUCUAGCUUACCGUGGUGCCUGUGUUACCUGCUAAUGUGCGAUGGAGUAUUUUCCUUUGUGGUUGGAAUUGUGCUGGCGUUCUCUCACUGACUGAAAAAUAAAAGUGAUUGGAAAGACUUUCAA